CUAACUAUUGAUUUAUAUACAAGAUGAUACCCUUUAACUAUGAUAUUCCUUGUAGACUCUGCGCUGCUUAGCCUCCGCCUCCUCCCACUGCCGCGCCUCCCUCGCCAUUGGCUUGCUUGCUCGGUUGCUCCGCCCACAGCUGAGCUUACAUCAACUGAAAUUAAACCACAUCGAUCGCUACUUAGCCAGCCAGCAAUGUCCAACAACAAUCAAGAGCCAGACAAUCUUGAAUCCGUUUUCAAGCAAAAACGGAUCCUCCGCACCAAAGUUCGUCAAGCCCUCAAGUCUAUGGAUCCGUCCCUCCGAUCCCAAGAAGAUGAUAUGAUCCAGAGUAUAGUUUUGGAAGCUCCAUGGUUCAAAUCAAGUAAGAGAUUAUGUGCCUAUAUAAGCUGCAGCGCUUUACGUGAAGUUGAUACCUCUAAAUUGUUAUCUCAAAUUCUGCACAAUCCACCCUCUGCUCCAGAUGGUAGUAGUGUGCCUCAGACUACAAAAAAACUUUAUGUUCCUCGUGUAGAGGACAAGAAUAGUAACAUGAGAAUGUUCAAUAUAUCACGAAUGGAUGAUUUGGUUGCAAAUUCUAUGAACAUUUUGGAACCUGCUUCAGUUGAUGCUGGCGGAAAUGAUCGUGAAGAUGUGAUGCGUGUGAUUGAUCCAGUCGAUUUGUUCAUUCUGCCCGGGCUUGCUUUUGACAGAUCUGGAAGACGGUUAGGCCGUGGCGGGGGAUAUUAUGAUACUUUCUUGACCAAGUACAAAGAGCUUGCCAAGGAAAAGGAUUGGAGGAAGCCACUAUUCGUCGUACUGUCUUAUUCCGUGCAGAUAAUGGAUGAUGAAGUAAUACCGGUCACCCCGAAUGAUGUACUGGUGGAUGCUUUAGUUUCACCAUCCGGUGUGAUUCCCAUUACCCCGGCUGCCUUAGAGAGAAUGAAGCUUUAGUGCUAUGCUCAUCUGAGCCAAAGCCGAAUCCGAGUGCUUUUCUUCAGUAGGAUUCUCAUGUAUGAAAUGCAGGGACCUUGUGUUAUUGAAUAAUGAGAUACAGUUCUGCUGUGCUAUUGUCGAUUGUCAUAACCUUUGCCUGCUCGAAGCAGAGACUAUAAUCUGUAUGAAUUUCAGAUAUUUUACAUUAUUGUAUUGAGCUUGGUAUAUGCAACCAUGUUUUAAAUUCUCAGAGAAAUAAACAUUUUCCUGUACGUUUCA